UGGCGGGAGGUCACUAGCGUCAGUUGAAAGCAAAGGAAUAACAGAGCGUUCGAAAUGGCAGGAGGUAAAGCCGGUAAAGAUUCAGGAAAGGCGAAAGCCAAAGCAGUGUCAAGAUCCGCCAGAGCUGGACUUCAGUUCCCCGUUGGUCGAAUCCACAGACAUUUGAAAAACCGAACGACAAGCCAUGGGCGAGUUGGUGCCACUGCCGCCGUAUACAGCGCUGCUAUUCUUGAGUACCUAACUGCAGAAGUGUUAGAGUUGGCAGGUAACGCCAGUAAGGAUCUGAAAGUAAAGCGUAUCACACCUCGUCACUUGCAGCUGGCCAUCCGAGGAGACGAAGAGUUGGACUCCUUGAUCAAAGCAACCAUUGCUGGUGGUGGUGUUAUUCCACAUAUUCACAAGUCUCUCAUUGGAAAGAAGGGAUCACAGAAGGCCACAUAAACAUCCAGGACGAACGCUUGCCUUACUCAAAUGGAGAACGAUUCCUGUCCAAUCAAUGUACAGCUUAUCUCGUGUUUUGCAUCUCUGCCAUUUCGUCGCCACAAGAGCCGAGGAAGGAUUUUGCAAAGCUGGUGAAUAUAGGACUGUUAGUGUUAACCGUGAACUCGGUCCAGUAACCUUUGGAAUCG